AUGGCCAUCGACGACGUCCCCUCUGUUGCCUUGCCGGGCAAGAUCCUAGGCCCCGUCACCAAGUUUGCGCCCGGCGCCGGUACACACAUCUACGAAGGCAAUGUCGUCUCUUCUCUGCUGGGUCAGGUCACAGUGACACCUCCGGCCAAGGGUCCCGGUCCUCAGAAGCGUCUCAACAAGAUCACCGCUCCGACGACAGAAGAGCUUGCUACCAUCUCCGUAUCCCGCCACGGCCGCAAGCGCGAGGUCCUCCCCGAUGUCGACAACAUUGUCCUUGCGCGUGUCCUGCGCCUGAUGCCCAAGCAGGCCAUCGUGGUGAUCCAGCAAGUCGGCGAUACGGUUUUGCAGACAGAGUGGCAGGGUGUGAUUCGAGUGCAGGAUGUGAGGGCUACAGAAAAGGACAAGGUCAAGAUUUACGAAUCGUUCAAGCCCGGUGAUAUCGUGCGAGCGCAAGUUAUCUCUCUUGGUGACCAGGCCAACUAUUAUCUAUCCACAUCAUCUAACGAAUUGGGUGUCAUCUUGGCCACGAGCGAGGCAGGCAACGAUAUGGUUCCUGUCAGUUGGAAAGAAUACAAGGACCCCGAGACAGGCAUCAGCGAGCCUCGAAAAGUCGCAAAGCCUAGCUGA